CGCUGGGUUUGGUUAGUCCUCCAUCUUGGCUUUGGCUAGCGGAACGGCUAGCAGAGUCUGUCCGGAGAGGAUGAGGAGGAGCUGAACGGACCGGGACCCACUGCCAGACUCACAGAACCAGGAUUGUCCCCUUGACCUUACCCGAGACAGAGACCAGCAGGCGGAUCUGGACCCGCUCUGGACCGAGAAACACACACCCGGUUCUGCCGGGCUGCUAGCGAGCUAGCCGGGUUACCUUAGCCAGCAAAGAGGAACUGUUGCUCCCGGUCACUUCGGAUCGAUGUCGGUUAAAAACUGCCGGAAAAGAAGCCGAGCCGAGCUGAGCCGGGCCAGAUAACGCUCUGGUCCCGUAGCCAGGACUGGAGCCAGUGAUGCCGGGUGAAAACCUGCUGAUAAACGCAACCUGAAGCGAACGAAGCCCUCAGACAGUCCGCUAAGUUUAGACAGGUGUUCAGGGGCGGACAGGCGGCUUCAUGACCGAACCUCUCUCACACUGACCCGGGUAACAUGUCCGCCAGGACCCCCCUGCCCACUGUCAACGAGCGGGACGCCGAGAAUCAUACCUCAGCGGAUGAUGGGCGUGGCGAGGUGUCCCGCUCCAUCCGCUCAGCUCGCUGUAAAACCUCGUCGUCCGCCACCGGAGACGAGACGCCGCACGUGGGAAACUACCGGCUGCUGAAAACCAUCGGGAAAGGAAACUUCGCUAAAGUCAAACUGGCUCGACACGUCCUGACGGGACGAGAGGUGGCCGUCAAAAUCAUCGACAAGACCCAGCUGAACCCCACCAGCCUGCAGAAGCUUUUCAGAGAAGUCAGAAUCAUGAAGAUCCUGAACCACCCCAACAUUGUGAAGCUGUUUGAGGUGAUAGAGACAGAGAAGACUCUGUACCUGGUGAUGGAGUACGCCAGUGGAGGUGAAGUGUUCGACUACCUCGUAGCUCAUGGGAGGAUGAAGGAGAAGGAGGCCAGAGCUAAAUUUAGACAGAUUGUGUCUGCAGUUCAGUACUGUCAUCAGAAGCACAUAGUUCACCGUGACCUUAAGGCAGAGAACCUCCUCCUAGAUGCUGACAUGAAUAUUAAAAUAGCAGAUUUUGGGUUCAGUAAUGAGUUCACUGUCGGUGGGAAACUGGACACAUUCUGUGGCUCUCCUCCGUACGCUGCACCUGAGCUCUUCCAGGGUAAGAAGUAUGACGGUCCAGAGGUGGACGUGUGGAGUCUGGGUGUGAUCCUCUACACUCUGGUCAGUGGAUCUCUGCCGUUUGAUGGACAAAACCUCAAGGAGCUCAGAGAGCGAGUGCUGAGAGGUAAAUAUCGAAUCCCCUUCUACAUGUCGACUGACUGUGAGAACCUGCUGAAACGCUUCCUAGUGCUGAACCCGGGGAGACGGGGAACUCUGGAGCAAAUCAUGAAGGAUCGCUGGAUCAACGCCGGUUCUGAUGAAGAGGAGCUGAAGCCCUUCAUCGAGCCGGAACUGGACAUCAGGGACCAGAAGAGGAUCGACGUGAUGGUGGGGAUGGGUUACUCUAGAGAGGAGAUCAACGACUCGCUCGCCAAGAUGAAGUAUGAUGACAUCACAGCCACCUACCUGCUGCUGGGCUGCAGGGCUGCUGAGGUGGAGGUGAGUGACUCGUCAUCCUCCAGCUGCGUCUCUCUGCUCAAACCUCGACCCUCCAGCAGCGCUCAGUCUCCUGCUCACCUCCUCGUCCAGCGCUCCUCCUCCUCCUCCUCCAAACAGAGGAGGUACAGUGACCAAGUGUGUCCCGGCUCCUCGGCUCCUCACCCUAGGAGGAGUCAGACGGCGGCGGCGGCAGAGGGGGAGGUGAAGCAAGAGGCAGUAGGUCAGAGCAGGAAGUCCAGUCCUGUGGAGGGCGGCAGUCCUCUGGUGGGAAACGCCAACAACCCCAACAUGGCCGACAUCCCUGAGCGGAGGAAGACCGUGGCCACGCCCACUGGCGGCUCAUCCAGCAUGACGAGGAGGAACACGUACGUCUGCACGGAGAGGAACUCGACAGACCGUCACUCUGUGGUCCACAAUGGCAAAGAGAACAGCUCAGCGACCACACCCACCCAGAGAUCUGUGGGCGGAGCUUCAACCCACAGCAUAAGCAGUGGAGCGACCCCUCCCGACCGGCUACGUUUCCCUCGGGGGACGGCAAGUCGCAGCACCUUCCAUGGAGGUCAGCUCAGAGAGAGACGCACCGCCACCUACAACGGCCCCCCCGCCUCGCCCAGCCUGUCACAUGACGCCACACCCCUCGCCCAAUCACGAGCCAGGGGAUCCACCAACCUGUUCUCCAAACUCACCUCCAAACUCACACGAAGAGGGCCUUCAGAGGUUGAGAGAAACGGGAGACCUGAAGGGUCCAGUCGGAACGUAUCAGCUGAUCAGAAGGAGGAGCCUGGUUCCCCUGCGCCCCCUCACCUGAAGGACUCGAAGCCCCGCUCUUUGAGGUUCACCUGGAGCAUGAAGACCACGUCUUCCAUGGAGCCGCUGGACAUGAUGAGGGAGAUCAGGAAAGUUCUGGACGCCAACAACUGUGACUACGAGCAGCGCGAGCGCUUCCUUCUGCUCUGCGUCCACGGAGACGGACACGCCGACAGCCUCGUCCAAUGGGAGAUGGAGGUGUGCAAACUGCCCCGCCUCUCGCUCAACGGAGUGAGAUUCAAACGAAUUUCAGGAACGUCCAUUGCCUUCAAGAACAUCGCCUCCAAGAUCGCCAACGAACUCAAACUGUAGAGACAGAGACAGGUGGACAGACAGGUGAAGGGACAGGAAGACAGAAACAGGUGGACAGACAGGUGGAAAGAGAGGAGUAGACGGAGACAGGUGGACAAAGAGAGGUGGACAGAGACAGGUGGACAGAGACAGGUGGACAGAAACAGGUAGACAAAGAGGUUGGACUAAGAAGGGUAGACAGACAGGUGGACGCAGACAGGUGGACACAGGCAGGUGGACAUACAGGUGGAGACAGACAGGUGAACACAGACAGGUGGACACAGACAGGCGGAGACAGACAGGUAGACUAAGACAGGUGGACACAGACAGGCUGAGACAGACAGGUAGACUAAGACAGGCAGACUAAGACAGGUAGACUAAGACAGGCGGACACAGACAGGCGGAGACAGACAGGUAGACUAAGACAGGCAGACUAAGACAGGCGGAGACAGACAGGUAGACACAGACAGGUGUGUGUGAGUUAUUCAACAUCUUCCUCCUUGUUCCUGGUUCACAGAUGACAUCAUCAUGACCUUCAUGUUGAUUGGUUCAGUUCAGCUGUUACUGCUCUGACAUCACCCACAAAUUCGACUGCUGCUCGAUAUCAAUAUUGUUUGAUUAUUGAUUAUUGAUGAUGAUGACAUCACUGCCUCUCUGUCAUUAAACUGUCUGCCUUUCCAUAUGGGGUUUCCCUCACCUGCUCCCAGCACAGCAGGGGCAGCUCCACAUCGCACUUGUGGCAAAGGAUCAUGGGACUUGGAGUCUGUUGUGAGACACAGGAACUGUUCUGUGAUGUACAUUUGUUUUAUUUUGAAAGAGGCUCUGCAAUGACUGACCUGCAGGUGUUUUAGACCCGCCCACCAGAGAACAGGUGAGGGUGGUGUCAGACUGAAGGGGUCACGUGUGUCCAGACAGAUUGGUGUGAGUCAGUGUUGUGAAUGUAAAUAGUUUGACAGAGAUUCACCCUUGUUUUCAUGUUGAUUUGUUUCUUCUUUUGUACAUGUGAGCGUUGGCUGAACGACGGCUGAUCGUCGGCUGAACGACGGCUGAUCGUCAGCUGAACGACAGCUGAUUGGCGGCUGAUUGUUGUUGUUAUUUGUUAACUGAACGUCAGGUUCACCUGUGUCUCAUUAAACACCUGCAGUAGCACA